AUGUGGCACUGUCUUUCACAAACACCCGUCAAGCUCUCAUGCCCUGCUUAUCACCAUCCUCUUGCACCGAUUUGGCUUGGAUACUCGCUUAUCCCUACUAGCGAGUUCAGCUGUAUUAGCCACAAACUUAAAUCAAGUUCAUACCUCGCCACCGACGGCUUGCCUACGACUCCAAGGUGGCAAAUUCAUUUUCGCUUCAACACCACUGGACUUUCCAAAAAGCACUUGAACCACCACCAAUUUGUGGCUGUUGUGCCUUCGGUUAAUGAGUCGCGACCUGCAACAAAAGCCAUGGAUGAGACGCCCGUUUUGCCACAGCAGAUUCCCAUGGCGGCUUUUCCCAGACCACAAGCACAUGUUAGACACUUUGAGGCGGCAGCCAUGUCUCGUAGGUGGCAGAAUUCCAAGACAGCACGGCGUUCUUGCCCAUGCCCCCAGCUGCACAACCCCGCUGCAAAUGACAUGCGAACCCAGAACGACGGGAAAUAUUGCUGCCUCGCGGAACCAGCCGUGAAACGAAUCUAUCACCCCGCAAUGGCGGCUGUUCUAGACGUAGUCUACAACUCAAACGUGGAGACUUUGGCUAGGGAUUUGGGAGGGCCUUGCGCCACUGAUCGACAAGUGCGCCUCGAGAAAUCCUCAGCGCCCGUCCGGGCGACUAAAAUGUCUCACCCGCAUUUAGCAGCUGCUCGACAAGUUCAAAUUCCCUUCAAUUUGCAAAAACAAGGGCAGAGAAUGGAAUCCAUCUCUAUUAGCUUUGUCGUCCCUAGCCAACGUUCUAAAGUUCUCAAUGCCGAAGACAUAUUCCUGUACGCAUCCGCUUGGUGUCAUCGUGCAUUGAUCCCCAAGAGAGACAUGAGAGAGCCGCCUCAAUUUAUUGAUAAAACCAUGCAGUUCAGAUAUCGAUGA